AUCACAAUAAUCAGGCUUCCAUCCAACCCUUUUAUGCUGAUAAAGUACAUGUCGGAUAAAACAUGUAAUGACAGGCCUCAUGGAAACAGACCAUUCUCUGGUAAACUUUCCAAAUGUCGACAAAACAAAGUGCGCUAGACAAGGUGGGAUCGUUUUGUGUAAGUUACAUCUCCACCCGAUCCUAAUGAAGAAGCUUCGGCCUGACUGACUGGGAGAUGGGAGUACAAAACAUAACAGACCAGACUCCACUGGUCCAGGCUAUAUUUAGCCGAAAUGCAGAAGAAGUGAAGUUUUUGUUGCACAAGAAUGAAGAAGUCAAUGCACUGGACCAAGAACGCCGUACCCCCUUACAUGCUGCUGCGUGUUUGGGCGACGUUCACAUUAUGGACCUUCUCAUUAAUUCAGGUGCUAGUAUUAACGCUAAGGACCAAGGCUGGCGGACUCCCCUGCAUCGGGCAGCUGCCUCACAGAACGAAAAGGCCGUGGGGCUGCUGCUGAGACAGGAUGCGGAGGUCAAUGCCCGGGAUAAAUUCUGGCAGACGCCGUUGCACGUGGCUGCGGCCAACCGGGCAACACGCUGCGCUGAGGCUCUCAUCCCCAAGCUGAGCAGCCUGAACGUGGCGGACCGCUCCGGCAGGACUGCUCUGCACCACGCUGCACACAGCGGCCACGUGGAGAUGGUGAAUUUGCUCCUCAACAAAGGGGCCAACCUGAGUGCCAGCGAUAAGAAGGAGAGGCAGCCAAUCCACUGGGCCGCAUACCUCGGGCAUCUGCAGAUCGUGAAGCUUCUUGUGGCGCGGAGCGCGGACGCCAUGUGCAGGGACAAGCGCGGAUAUACCCCGCUCCACGCUGCAGCUGCCAGCGGCCAGAUUGAGGUGGUCAAGUACCUGCUGCGGCUGGGUUCAGAGAUUGAUGAGCCUAACGCCUUUGGGAACACAGCGCUCCACAUGGCGUGCUACACGGGCCAGGAGGCGGUGGCCAACGAGCUGGUGAACCGUGGCGCCAACGUCAACCAACCCAACCACCACGGUGGCACGCCGCUGCACCUGGCCGCUGUCUCAACCAACGGGGCGCUCUGCCUCGAGCUGCUAGUCAACAACGGUGCUGACGUCAACAUGCAGAGUAAAGAAGGGAAGAGCCCUUUGCACAUGGCCGCUAUUCACGGGCGCUUCACCCGCUCCCAGAUCCUUAUCCAAAACGGUGGGGAUAUAGACUGUGUAGAUAAAUAUGGCAAUACUCCUCUUCACGUUGCUGCUAAGCACGGCCACGAGCUGCUGAUCAGCACCCUGAUGACUAACGGUGCUGACACAGCCAGGCAAGGGAUUCAUGGGAUGUUUUCGUUGCAUUUGGCUGUGCUCUACGGGUUUUCAGACUGUUGUCGCAAGUUACUCUCCUCAGGUCAGCUGUACAGCAUUGUAUCAUCUCUAAGCAACGAGUAUGUGCUGUCAGCCGGGUUUGACAUAAACACCCCAGACAGCCUGGGGAGGACCUGCCUGCACGCCGCUGCCUCUGGAGGAAACGUUGAAUGUCUUAACUUGCUGUUGAGCAGUGGUGCCGACUUGAGCAAAAAGGACAAACUGGGAAAAGCUCCUUUACACUACGCUGCUGCGAAUGGGAGCUACCAGUGCACGGUUGCCCUGGUGAGUGCUGGUGCCGAGGUGAAUGAUCUGGACCAGAAAGGCUGCAGCCCCCUGCACUAUGCUGCCGCAUCGCAGACCUUCUGCCGAGUGGACAGACAUUACUCAGUCGGACACCAGAGUGAGGAGAGGGCAAAGGAGGACUUUUUUUGUUUGGAGUAUCUGCUGGAUAACGGGGCUGACCCGGCUCUGAGGAACACCAAGGGUUACAGCGCAGUCCACUACGCAGCAGCCCACGGAAACAAGCAGAACCUGGAGCUGCUCUUGGAGAUGUCGUUCAACUGUCUGGGAGACGUGGAGAGCAGUGUUCCAGUUAGCCCUUUGCACUUAGCCGCGUAUAACGGUCACUGUGAGGCGUUGGGGGUGCUGUCUGAAACGCUGGUGAGUCUGGACGUUCGGGAUGCGGGGGGGCGCACUGCCCUAUACUUGGCAGCCCAGAAGGGACACGCUCAGUGCUUGGAGGUCCUGCUGUCCCAUGGGGUCUCCUGCCACCUCAGGGAGCGCCGCAACAAGUGGACCCCACUCCAUGUCGCAGCUUCCAACGGCCAAACAGACUGUCUGCUCAUGCUGGUCAACCGAGGGGAGAAGGCUGACAUCAUUGACAUUGCCGACGUACAGGGACAGACGGCUCUGAUGCUGGCAGCUCUGGGCAGCCACACUGACUGUGUCCACAUCCUGCUGGAGAAGGGAGCCGGGGUCGACGCCGCCGACAAGCGAGGCCGCACUGCCCUACAUAGAGCUGCGGUGAUGGGCAGUGAGGACUGUGUGUCGGCCCUGCUGGAGCAUGGUGCUUCGGCUCUGUGCAGGGAUUUCCGGGGGCGCACCCCCCUGCACCUGGCCGCCUCCUGCGGCCACAUGGAGCUCCUGCGCAGCCUGCUGCAGGGUGCCACACGCACCGACCCCCUUGACUCAAUGCUGGACUACAGCGGAUACACUCCCACCCACUGGGCCGCUUACCACGGGCACGAAGACUGUUUGGACGUUUUACUUGAACACAAACAUUUUAGUAUCCAGGAAGGAAACCCCUUCACCCCAUUGCACUGUGCUCUAAUAAAUGGCCAUGAUGGUGCUGCUGAACUACUGGUAGAGACGGUCGGACCUCAGAUGGUGAACAUCAGAGACGCCAAAGGAAGGACCCCGUUGCAUGCAGCUGCCUAUUCGGAGAGUGUUGGCGGGCUGCAGCUGGCCCUGGUCCAGGGGGCAGAGGUCAAUGCCGUGGACACCACAGGACGCUCCGCCCUGAUGGUUGCCGCCGACAACGGACGGACCGCAGCCGUCGAGAUCCUGCUGCACCAGGCCAAGGCAGACCUGACCCUGUUGGAUGUCAAUGACAACACCGCCCUUCACCUGGCCUGCAGCAAGGCUCAUGAGAUGUGUGCCCUGUUAAUCCUGGGAGAGAUCAGCGACCCCUCCCUCAUCAAUGCAACGAACAGUGCACUGCAAAUGCCCCUUCAUAUCGCAGCGAGGAACGGUCUGGCUACAGUGGUCCAGGUGCUCCUCAGCCAGGGGGCAGCUGUGAUGGCUAUAGAUGAGGAGGGCCACACCCCGGCCCUGGCCUGUGCCCCUAACAAGGAUGUGGCGGACUGCCUGGCCCUGAUCCUCUCCACCAUGAAGCCUUUCCCUCCCAAAGACGCCAGCGCCGCCGCCUCCUUUGGCCUCAACCUGCUGAAGCACUGUGGCAUCGCCACCACCUGCGGGCCCCUGCCCAACGGCACCCUGCACCACGCCUACGCCAAGGACCGCCACGGCACCGCCGGCCUGGACGGCUGCUUCACCGAGUGAAGCGAACCCCCAACCUGUUCCCCUCAGACCUCCCUUCCCUGUCCCCUUAUAUCUUUAACUAGCCAGAUCUGCCCUCUGUAAUCCACUAUGAUCCGGGGGACCCCCCCCCCCCCCCCCCCCUUCUAACACACACAACAAGAGCAGGAAUAUACUUUGAAUUACAUGUGUGUAAGUGAGCGUGUGCGUUUGGAUGUGUGUGUUUGGAUGUGUGUGUCGGUAUAUGUGCGUGUGCGUUUGUCUGUGUGUUUAAAGAAAAACUAAAUCCCUUAUGGGUGCAGUCAAACAUAUAUGCAAUUAUUUGCCUCUCCUCUGUGGCAUAUCGUCUCUGUCGUCGCUAGCCUGGCCUUAGGUCAGGCACCCUCUGUCCAGUGUCCAGGACAGAGCACGUCACUGAGUCCCUCUGAAUCGUACCGGCAGAGUUUCUGUAUCAUCAUGAAGUUAUCACGGUUUUGUUGAAUUAACAGAUUCACAAGCAUGUGUUAUAAGCUACGGUCUAAAUUAAUUCUAAAUUCAAUUUAAAUUAUUGUGAAUUUUUGACAUUGCACUUCAACAACGAAUGAACUUACCUCGCAAAUCCCAGUGAAAGCGAUGACCUAGUAGAAGGAGAACGGUGCCUCGCCAACUUCUACUCUGACUGAAACUGGUGCAAUAUGCAGCAUGUGUGGGUAUUUCCAGUGCUGAGCCUCUCUCCGAAGACUAGAAUAAAACUGAAGUAAUAGAGCGAGGGAAAGAACGGGAGAGAGUGCUAGACCGUCGCUGGGUUUGACUGUACAGUUAAGAGUCUGGGUGAGUUGAGAGCUCUGCAGAGAAGCCCAUGGAUUUGAAAACAAGCGGUGACAAGCUGGUGUUGACUCACCUAGAAGUCCGACAACAAGCACCUCCCACUUGCUAAGGCUGUCUGAGUGACCUCAUCCACCAGGUCCAGUAGAUGCCUGACUUUUGUUGUCUGGGUUUUUCUGCAUUAGCCCCCUCUCACUGAGUCCAUACUGAAGGGAGUCGUUGUGGGUCUUGCCUGAACCCCACUCCCGUUCGUCACUGUCGUAGAAUACGUUUGGUACCUUAAGGCGGUUCUAAGACGUUUCUGGAUAUUUAACAAUGUUGUGCCUAUGGAAUACUGAGAGACAACCACAACCCCUUAACCUCACCUAGUUUAUACCCUCUGAUCUCCCACCUGAUUCCUGAUUAUUUAAGAUUUUAAAAGAGAACAAUGCUAGUGGGACAUUUUUAAAGGAUGAAAUGUAGAUUUGAAGAGAAAUGGGUUUAGCACACAUACUGAACAGCAUAAGCUAUGUUUGUUGCUGUCGUAUAAACACUUGUUUACAUAAUGUAAAUGGUUGUCGUAUUUACUUGUGAAUCGACAGUCUAAUAUGUUUGCACAAUAAGGCCAUGCCUCCAGUAGGAAAAUAAAGAGCGAAGACGUGUUUUCAAUAUAGCUGCUAAAAUAUUGCUGCCUUUUCCAUGGAUUCUAUUCACGGUUUCUGUCAAUGCGGGUCUACAUUUGGUGUGUAAUUUUUUUUUUUUUUCAUUAUUGGGAAGCAAUAUUCAAACAGACUUCAAAUUCUUUAGCAUUUUUUUUCUUUUCAUGCAGUUUGCUGUGUGGAAAGGUUCAUGUUUUUACCUCAACAUUGGGGAUGACUUCAAGUUUUCAAGAAAACAAUUUGCACUACCUCCAAAGUUAGUAUUAUUUUUCAAAUGGAAUAGGUAGAAUGUUUUUUUAAAUUGUUUUUCUAUUCUUUCCAAACAGCCAUACUUGAAAAAAAGUCAGUAAUCCCAAUCAAACGGCAUGCGCUGUAAUCCUCACUUGUCACGUUGAUAGGCAUAGCAUUGGGAGUUGUCAAAAGUACAGCCAAAAACACAAAUGCAUUCCUUUUUAAAUUUGAAUUAGGCACGUCUUGUACUUACCUCAAAGAUUUUAACAACGCAACUCAUUGACUCCUGUUUGGGCCACACUAUAGAUCCAUUCAUUUUUGUUGAUCGCUUCUCUGCCGCCUUUUGCACAGUAGUUGAAUCAGUGUAGUUUCAAGGGUAAUCAGUUGAUUACGCUAUUUAUGAAGAUUGUUAGUUACGUUCAUCUGAAAAGAAUUCAAAAUGAUGUUCACUCCGUUUGUAAUUGUUUUCUUGAGAUUGUAAAGAUCCCCCCCACAUUUU